CGCCUUAGAAAGGGAGAUGUUUGCGUAGGAUGCAUUGUCUGGCUACCCCCGAGGAAAAGUCAUGACGAUCCUGUCUUGUGCAACAGACCUGACUGUUGUGGUCGCGUCGCUCUCGAACCCGAAGGGUAUGACCAUCCUGUGGUGGUGCUAAAAAUCUGGCAGAGUAUCAAUUCGAAUAUUCUUGGGGAUUUAGUCUGCACUAUAGCUUGCGCAACAACUUUCACGAACACCUCUCUGGAUGUUUACAGAGCGCAACGGCUUCGAAAACCACAUUACCGAGCAUCUCUGCCCAUCUUGGACGCCACUUCCAAGUCCACCAAGGAUGACCCUGGAACUGUGCAAAACCUUGUUCUCGAAAAAGGCAAUAUGAGAAAGCAAUCCUACGUUCGGCUUGACCAUACAUAUGAAGUUCCUUUAUCGAUGCUCACUCAAUAUUCUGGUGGUAGGGCAUAUAUAACCAGACUCUCAGAAGCAAGCUACAUUACUCUGAUUGAAAAGUUGGGACUCGAGCCAGAAAUAUUCGAGAUAACGGCGACUUUGUCGAAGACGACAAAGCAACGGCUUUCAGCCUUGACAAACGCAGCCAGACGCUCUCAAAAUGCGACUCGUCUUCCGUGUACGGCAGAAAUC